AUGUUUUGCUCCACUUCGACAGUUGCCAGUCGCCACGCGAACGGUGGGCGCACGUCUCGCUUGGGGGCCGAAGAGGGAUACGACUAUGAGAUCGUCAAGAGCGCGCCGCGCCCUCAGAUGAGGGAGUACGCGAAGAAGGUUCUGAAGAAGUUCGAAGGCGGGUCCUCAGGCAGCGACGGCAAGAAGGGCAAGAAGAAGAAGACCAAGAAGAAGAAGAGCUCCCACAGCAGCAGUGACGAGAGCAGCAGCAGCUCGUCCGGCAGCGAGAGCGAGAGUGAAGAAGAGGAGGAAGGCGUUCCCUUCUUCAUGAUGGACUCUACCAUCCGCGCCGCCUUCGAGGAGCGGAAGCGGAAGCGACGCGAGGCGCGUAAACUCGCCAAGAAAGAAAAGAAGAAGGAGAAGAAACGGCUGAAGCGCGAAAAACGCCGCGCCGAGAAAGAGCGGAAGAAGGAGGCUAAAAAAGCGAAGAAAGAGAAGAAACGGAGGCAAAGAGCCUCCGAGUCCCCAGAUUCAAGCGACGACGAACACAGACACGCAAAGAAGCGAUCCAAGACUUCGGAAGACUCGUCUUCCAGUCAGAGUGAACGAGACGACGAAGACAGUCAUAUGCGGAGACGGAAAGAAGAAAAUUCGCAUUUCGAGUCGCGAAGCAAAUCCUCCGCAAGGCGGAGGGACUCUGACAGUGACGACUCUGACGAACGGAACGGCGCGAGCAAAAAGAAGCGGAAGACGGAGAAAUGA